AUGGAAGAAGCAGAUGCACCUGGUGCUUCGGUGCCAGACGUUUCUGUUAAAUAUCCGGCGCUUUCACAUGCUCUAUCGUCGGAUAGUGCGCAGCCAUCAACUUCGAGAGAGGAUUCUGCAUCACCUUCAGCCCAGAAGAAAAGAAAAUACACUCCUAAUAGUCGCAUUCGUGUGAGCAUGACGGGGCAUCUGUUUCGUGGAGUGCUCGAGGUCAGUCAAAAGGGCAUUCAUCCUGUUAUAAGAUACCCCAUUCCAGGAGGAGAGUUAUGUUACGCAUUCGAACAUGUGCGUACUACAAAACAGGGGGUAGUGGUAUAUCGCUGUACGGCAUGCAGGAAGAAACGCAGCACCAUCACUAUAGCAGUUCAGAAUCAAUGUGAGUUCAUCGGAGACCCUGUUGAACUUCCUCAUAUUUGCACUCCACUGAAUAAUGCGCAGGACAAGGUGACACGAAUGGUAUAC